UUGUGGCCUCACAAAGAUGGAAACUUGCUUUAGCUUUGAACUCUUUUAGCACAAAUAAUUGAACCAGUGAAAAAGAAGAAGAAGAUGAUGAUGAUGGAGGGCGCCAUUGCGAUUUCACGUUUUUCUGCUUCAAACACACCACUUCUCAUCCGAUCCAUGGCUACACAAAAACCAACUCCAUCUACUACCAAAACCGUUACUUCUAAAAAGACAACAACUGUAUUUCCAGUAGGGGAGAAACCUCGGCCGGGCAAUUCUUCAUCUACACCAACAGUGAAGUUAUUGACAAGAGUGGAGCAAUUGCGGCUGUUAACUAAAGCAGAGAAAGCUGGUUUACUAUCAGCUGCUGAGAAAUCUGGACUCUCUUUGUCGGCAAUUGAAAGACUUGGUCUUCUUUCCAAAGCCGAAGAAUUGGGGAUUCUUUCAGCAGCUACUGACCCUUCAACCCCAUCAGCACUCUUCAGUUUGAGCUUGGGAUUGCUUGCUGUUGGCCCUGUUUGUGUGUAUCUGGUGCCUGAAGAUUACCCUUGGCAAAUUGGUUUGCAGGUUGUGGUUGCUCUACUUUCUGUUGUUGGUGGCUCUGCAGCUUUUGGAGCCUCAAAUCUUGUUUCCACUUUGCAGAAAGUAAAUUGAAAUGUAAGCUGCAAAAUACUUUCUCUGUUAGAAAAUUUCUAUUAUAUAUAGUAUAAAUGUUUAUUUUGCUCAA